GUGUUUUUCAGAUAGAGGAUGAACUUACUGACACUACUGACAUUUUGCGUCAUACUGGUGCUAACAUUGGCUAAACCUGUUGAGCACAAAGAUGGCCAGGAAGGUCCAAAACCAGAAAUCGUGUUGAAAUGCAAAGUAGGACCGAACCACAAAUGUGAAGAUGGGAAGCAUGACCGCUAUGGACGGCCCAUCAUCGAAGUGCGCUCAAAGACGAAGAGGAUAUUCAGAGUGUAUCCUAAGCAGGAGAAGGAACUGAAAUGGAAGCCGGAGAAGGUACCUGAACUGCCUACAACUGCUCCAACCGAGAUGCCAUUAGCGGCUCCGCCUGAACCUACGGUGGCACCAACUGAGGCACCUACAGUACCUCCAACUGAAGCACCUACCCUACCUCCAACUGAAGCACCUACCCUACCUCCAACUGAAGCACCUACCCUACCUCCAACUGAAGCACCUACCCUACCUCCAACUGAAGCACCUACCCUACCUCCAACUGAAGCACCUAUGUUGGCUCCAACCGGGGCACCACUAGUCGUACUGCCCACGCUCCCAUCGACUACUACGAUGAAGUAUAUACUCAACCAUGAGGCAGUUAAGGAACAUAUUGUUAAGCCUAAGCCACCAAAGAAGCCAGUUAAGGAGACCAAAAAGUCGACGUAUGUUCUAAACGAGAAGGCAGCUGAGAAGUACUGGGCUACUGCCAAAUUCGAGACAACGGCAGCUCCUCUUCCACCGCCUACGACAGCAGCUCCAGUCGUGGAAGAAGUUGCACGCAUUGAGCCUGUUGUAGAGGUAGUGCCAGUGAAAGAACCUAAACCGAAGGUACCACCUCCACAGAAGCCGAAGGAGAAAGCGUGGAAGUACGUUCACAACGAAGAAGCGGCAAAGAAAUACUGGGCCACCGCCAAGUUCGAAAGAACUACUGCGGCACCGUUACCUGCUUCUCAACCAGUCAUAGAAGCAGCUCCACCAGCACCAGUCCCAGAAUUAGUAGUGAAGGAGCAGCCAGUGAAGGAAGUCGUGACAGAAUAUGUGGUGAAAGAAGUCGAGACGACACCAGUUCCGCCUCCACAAGAACUUGUAAUGGAAGUGCCAGUCGCAAAAGCUGAACCCGUCGUCGUCGUGGAAAAAGUGGUAGAAGUCAAGCCUAAGAAGCCUCUGAUUGAGAAGCCACCGAAGAAGGAAGCUAGGAAGGAAGAACUGAAAGAAGAUGCGGGUAAGAUGUACUGGAAGAAAAUCAAAGAAGUGACCACUGCCGUUCCAAUACCUGUUCCGGAACAAGCACCAAUAGAAAAAGUUGAAAUUCCCAAGCCUGUGACGCCUGGCUAUGUCUUGAACGAGGAUGCAGCGCGUGCUUAUUGGGCUACAGCUAAGAUCGAAAAAACUGCGGCUCCACUUCCAGCAAAAGCGCAGCCUAUCCCGAACGAAAUCGUAAAAGAGCCGAUUGUUCCCAAAAAAGAAAGUUACGUGCUCAACGAAGAAGCCGCAAAGGCUUAUUGGACUACAGCUGCCCCACCACAUCCAGUAAAGCCAGCACCAGAGGAGACCCCGAUUGCUCUUGAUGAGCCAGCUGAAGAAAAGCUUCCAUGCAAACCCAAGCCUUGCAGGAUGAAGCAUUGCAAACCAGACCCUUGUGAACUUUAUCUCAGAAAAUUGAGGAAGAUGAAGCACGCGAAAUGUCACUCUCACCAUUGUUAGUAAGAAUCACUUCUAUCUCAUACUUGAUUGUUUUAACCAUUUCCCUACACUUAGCGAAUACUAACGAUCUCAUGGUGU